UGUGACCAAAAGGGCUGUUCGUUCAAGAGUGCUGCGAAGGGAAACGCAGCAGUUACCUUUAAAAAUGAACCUACCUGCGCGCUCAUGCGCAUGCGUUCCAGAAAAGUUCGGUGGCGUUAGCUCACCGCUUCAAGUCACCUUUUACCAGCGAGAAGAGACGUUUUCGAUAUUUAAAGACGUACUGCGUUUGAGACAGCUUCUGGGGACAACAGUGCCUCUUCUCUCCGAGCUUCGGGGGGAAAUAUAAACUACCUACCUCGUACUUGUGGGACUUCCAGCACGCGGGGAAAUGAUGUUCGUUAGCUGAAGUUUGUGUUUACUGAUGUUGUAGUGGCUAACUAGUUAGCUCGGUUAGCUUGUUAGCGUGAAAACUGCGCGUUGCGACCCUUUCGCAACUAUCUUUAAUGGGCAAUAUUAGCUGGAAUAUAAGCACAUUGGUUCGUGCAUUCUAAAAUAACAGUUCAUCUUGUGUUGUUGAAGUUUAAACAUAUAAACGGUUCGCUUAUAAGUCGUGAAAGCGCUCAAACUGACUUUAAAAAGCUGCUGCGAGCUUUGAAACGCCUUCACUGGAUACACACUUUGUGGAUACGGAUGAAAUAUCGGGGUCAGAACGUUCUACCUGCCACCUGCUCCCUCCGUGUCGAACUUAGUUCGUCGUCCUGGUCCGCUAUGACCCCCCAGUUCAUCAAGUAAAAACCCCGUGGAGAGAGAGCGCAGACCUCCAACCAUGGGAGGAUGUGUGGGGAGAUACUGGGGAGACUCGCAUAACCGAGGGUCGGCCAGGAACGGUGGACGAGGAGGACGGAACGAGCCGCUGAAAAAAGACCGUCCCAAGUGGAAGAGCGACUACCCGAUGACGGAGGGACAGCUGAGGAGCAAGAGAGACGAGUUCUGGGACACGGCGCCGGCGUUCGAGGGCCGGAAGGAGAUCUGGGACGCCCUGAAGGCCGCCGCCGUGGCCCUGGAGUGCAACGACCACGAGCUGGCCCAGGCUAUAGUGGACGGAGCCAGCAUCACUCUGCCGCACGGGACUCUGACCGAAUGUUACGACGAACUGGGGAACCGCUACCAACUGCCAGUCUACUGCCUAGCGCCCCCCGUCAACCUCAUCUCAGAAUGCAGCGACGAGGACCGCAGUGACAGCCCCGAACCCCCCGUAGCAUCGAAAAAAGAAUUUCAACUCAAGGUACGACUGUCCACGGGAAAGGACGUACGCCUCAACACCAGCAUGGCCGACACCAUCGGGCAGCUGAAGAAGCAGCUGCAGGCCCAGGAGGACAUCGACGUGCUGCAGCAGCGCUGGUUCUUCUCUGGCAAGCUGCUGACGGACAGGACGCGCCUACAGGACACCAAGAUCCAGAAGGACUUUGUCAUCCAGGUCAUCGUCAACUCACAGGUGUCGGGAGCCCCCAAACCGUCACCCAUAACCACUCCCUCUUCGCCCAAGUCCCAGUGAUCGCAGCAGGUUGGAGCAGAGGUACCGCCCCACAACCAUGUUGCGUUUGGAAGAAAACACAAUUUUUGGAGGCUUAAAUUAAAAAGGGGAAUGCAGAAAGAAGUGCUGCUUACUUUUUAACAUUUCUGGUUUGUGUUUAUUUGGAGGAGCAGUUUGCCAAGUCUGGACAUGCUCACCGUCUCUGACCCACUUUCAAACGGAAGUCGAGCUCAUCGCGCUGGCGGAAACGCCACCCUUCGCCACUGCAUACACAGACUCGGCCUCUGGGCUUUUCAUCAGCUACGUGGAUGAAACGCAGAGAGGUUCCUGUUGGAUUAAAUCACACAGACAUUUAGCAGCUCUGGUGGAGCGUACGAUGCAACACAUUUCUUUUACUGACAAAAUACUAACUGAGCUGUUUUGCACAAUUAAAGGUUCUUACUAUACUUCUGCGGUAGAUUGUGUGCCUUCAAGAUAUUAAAAAAAGGGUUAAUAUAAAGGAUGAGAAACUUCCUGCUAUAGGCUGAACCCUGUGUAUUUUUUUAGAUUCAAAUCAAUCAUCAAUUGCUGUCACUGCUGCCUUUAUUAUGCUGUCUUAUAAUGGGUGUGUAUGUGUUAAUGCAGAAAAAAAAUCUUCUAUAAAAUCCAGUUUUCUGCCUUUCAGACGGCUUCAUGACCACUAGGAGGAGCCACACCGCCCCUUUCUGUUCUGUUUUUUUUUAUUAUUGUUUUGUGGGUUUUUUCCCCUCUCUCUCUCUCCAGCUGAUGAUUGUAAUUACUUCAUAUUCCCUGAAACUAUAAAGGAAAAUUCCCUUCACCAGCAUAGAAACGGACGUGGAGUAGUGAGUCAAAGCUGUGACCCAAAACCCACAUUGAGAGAUUCAGAUGUUGGUUUGAACUCUCCGAGACUUGUUCCCCCCCCAGUGGUGGCAUGUCGUAUUGAAAAUUGUGAAAUAAUGGUCCACAAAUAAACAAAGAGUGGAAAGGAAGUGAAUUGUUCAUUU